AGGCAUUGGUUAACUGAAUUAGUUUAUUGAACCCCUAGUGAUGCUAUUGUCAUAGUGAUAAAAUUGCCAUAUUCUGUCGUGACCUGUUUGGACCCCACACUACCACACACAUGCUGCCUCGUCAAGAGUAUCAGUUCUGUCUUCCUGUUCUCCACUACAAAGUGUCUUGUUUCAGACCACUUUUAUAGUAUCACUCUAUCUUUCUGUCCAAACAAUUUUAGCAAAUUACUACUCUAAUUCACUGUCCGUCUGUACUUGACACUUGCUUCAGGACAAAAAGUUAGGCUGGGGGUUGAACUAUGUAUUCUUUGUGGCUGUUGGUUCAAAUGCCUUCUUCUUGAACUCGUUUUGGUUGAGAACUUUUGUCAGUAAGUUCGAUAAAGGUUUGGCUAUUGGUACAUCAAUUUCGGCUGUGAUAGUGAUGGUAAUUUGUACCUUGGUCGGAGUGCCAGGGUUUUUGGCCGUGUGGUCGGGCGAUUUGACGGUGGGGGAUGAGAACGGGUCUAUGGCCUUUUUCAUUCUUCUUGCCAAGAUGCCUGGGUGGAUCAUCGCGUUUGUUUUGAUAUUCACCAUCACCAUUUGCACUUGUACUUUUGACUCUUUGCAGUCUGCCUUUGUGUCAACCAUCUCCAAUGAUAUCUUUAGAAACAGGUUUAAGACCAUCUGGGCUAGAGCAAUGGUGGUGAUAAUGAUUGUACCGAUUGUGGUGUUGGCCGUCAAAGUGGCAGAUAAUAUCUUACAGAUUUAUUUGAUUGCUGACUUGAUUUCGAGCUCUAUCAUCCCAAUCAUAUUCUUAGGUUUGAGUGACCGGUUCUUUUGGUUUUUGACGGGAGUGGAUGUGAUGGUUGGAGGAUUAGGAGCUUUGGUUGCAAUUUUUAUCUUUGGAACCGUCUAUUAUGGAACCGCCAAAGAAGGGGGGAAGUUGUUAUUGAUUUGGAACGGAUUAUAUGAUCCUGAAGACUGGGGUGCCUUUGGGGCGUUUGAAAUUGCCCCAUUUGGUGGGAUUUUAAUUGCAUUAGUGUGUGUUGUCGCCCGAGUGGGUGCGAUUUGGGUGUAUUGCAAAAUCACCAAAAAACCAUUUAGGGCUUUGCAAAGACCCGUUCCGGUCGAGAUUGUGGAAGAAGAAUUUGACAGUGCCUAUGGGUCCACCAAUGCUAAGUCAGACGAUUAGUGAUUCACAGGACAAUGCUUUCUUGUUUAAUCACGCGCCUGUCUAAUGUGGAUCUCGGUUCCAUCUUCUUAUUCCCCUAUUCUACUACUAUACAACAGUCCUAGAGUCCUUACUGUCCCCGUUCACAAAAGAAGUGAAUAUUUUAUCUACUAUCCAGGGAAAUAGUAAACUAUACUUAAUUAUAAUUACGAUGACCUUUUAUUCCUCAUACUGUUGGGAUUUUGGACAUCAUUAUCAAGUGUGAUUUCUCUUUGAGUUUCUUCUUCGAAACGGUUUACACUUUCUUUAGCAAUAAUAUACAGAUACUCAGGGUCCUUAUUAUGCCACACCUCGGAAAACUCUUUGAUCCGCUGAGAUUGGAAACUUUCAACUUCUGGCGUGUCAUCACUUUCCUCAAUAUAAACUUUCCCCUAUCCA